CCACGUGGUCUUUCAUUAUCGCAUCUUCUGACUCUCUUUUUUAAAGUAGUUUGGCAAAUUGAGAGGCAACGCAAACUGAAAAUGGUUACUCCCACCAUCAAGCUUGAGUCCUCGGAAGGGGUGAUCUUUCCGACGGAAGUCCGAGUCGCCAUGGUCUCCGAAACCAUCAAGACCAUGUUGGAUCACUUUGCCGUGCAGAACGACGAGAAUGCCAUCGUGCCCCUGCACUCGGUGAGCACGUUCACCCUGGGCAAGAUUCUAGCCUGGGCCAAUCACCACAAGGACGAUGAUGAUCAGUCAACGGAGGGUGAGGAGCUGAAGCCACGUCGCCCAUAUGCCAUCUCCCCAUGGGACGCCAUCUUCUUGAUGGUCAAUUCAACCACCUUGCUCGAAAUCAUACUGGCCGCCAAACAACUGCAGAUCAAGGGCCUACUGGAACUCACCUACAAUGUGGUGGCCAAUAUGAUUAGGGGCAAGACUCCCGAGGAGAUCCGCUUCAUCUUCAACAUUCCGGAAGACGUCUCGCCAUCCGUGGACGGGGAGUUGAGAUGGAAAGACCUGUUUUUGUGGCCCAUGGAUUUCUGAGCCGCUGGGACUGUUGACCGUAUUUUAGUUUGGACACCUGCAAAUGAAGAAGAAAUUUUUUACUUAGUUAAGAAUAAGAACAUUUUGAGUUAACCUAAAUAUAUACUGCCGCCAGUGUUGGAGAAGGU